UCCUCUCAUUAGGUAAACAUAAGCGGCAAGUUACAUGAUAUCAAGAUAAACAUGAAGAUUAAUGGAAGCCUGGAAGCAUUUCAAAAGUAACAAAAUUAAAUAUCCAAUAUCAGUCACAAAUGUACAUGAAUAGGCAUAAAAGGGCUCAAAUUUACAAAGCAGUGGUACAAAUUUAGGUGUCAACCUUCGUUUCUAGACGAAGUUCUCACCACAGUAUCUCUAUGGCUGACUCUUGCCCGACUCAGUUGGUCAUUGCAGCUCUCAAUAUUCUCCUGGGAUUCGUAUUCGGGGCGGCAAACACAGACUUUUGUGGAAACGUUUUUGAAACUCAAGUUGACCAUGCCUUACUUGGUCAUGCCAUGGACACGGUUACUGUUCUGGAUGAGUUUCAAUGUCAGCUUAAAUGCAUCGGAAAUAACAGUUGCAAGUCGGUGAAUGUUUAUCCCGAUGGCAACAAUGGACAACGACGCAUUUGUGACCUAAACAACAAAACCCGACAGAUGAAACCAGGAAAUUUUAAAUGGAAGAAAGGAUCUACAUACUAUGGCUCCGUCCAGGUAGGUUACUUCUAAGUUGAUGCAACAUUUUUAUUCUGCAGG